CUUUCUCCAAAUGCACGUUACAUCCAAUUACAUACGCAAAAAUUGUAACCAGAAGGAUAUGCCAUACACUUUCAUUAGGCAUAUAUGCGUUGUGGGUUUAAUUAGGAAACUCAGACCUAGUUAGAGACACAAAUAUUUUAACUCGAACUCUUAUGUACUAUAACCUCUAUGCAUUUAUAUAAUUUUAAAGGUUAGAUAAAACAUCAAAUAUGAUUUUCGAGUCAUCACAUCGCGCGAAAGACGCUCAUACACAUCUCUUCGUUAUUUCGAUUCGGGACAAUAAGGCCCCAAACAACAUUCCUUGGGAUACAUGAUAAGUUUUACAAGAUGUUGUCCUCUAUUAUUUACCCAACAAUGACUCCCUUGCCCUUACACCCCCCACUAGUAUCCAUUAUUCAUCACACACACCUCUCCAUUCACCACUCAAUGAUCGAGAAAUUAGACAGAACAAGUUUAAAACAGGACAGGACAGGACGAGACGAAAGAAGAAAUCAUCAACCCGCAUUUUACCCAUCCACCAAAACAGAUCGAUAAUUAAGUAGCUAGUUAGCUCCAACCAAAAAUUACCAUAACUAAAUGUGACCAUUAUGGCCGACGAGCCAGCCAAAAAUUUUGCCCCAAAACAUUUACUUCCCCUCCUCUUUCCCUUAACUCAAAAACUCAUCCAUUGCCUCCUUCUUCCAAAACCAAACCCCGUCUUCCAUUAAUUGCCUCCAGUUCCCCCGAAUUAAUUAUAGAAGCUCCCCUCAAACAAUAAUUACCGCCCUCUCCCGAGAGUAGGGAUGGCAACCAAACCCGAACCCACGGGUACCUACCCGACCCAAUCCGGUCAACGCGGAUAAAAUUCGUGUUGACGGGUUUUGGGUUGGGUUUGGGUUUAAACCCGUUCACUAUUCAUCGGGUUGGGUUGGGUUUGGGUUUAGGUAAACCCGACCCGUGGGUACCCGCCCACACAUAUAAUUAAUUUUCUCGGUAUAUUUAAUAUUUUAAACAACUAAUCUUGUUUAUGUUUGUGGAGACAUGUCUAAUUUUUUCUUUCUAAUUGUGUAGAAUGAAGUUUGUGUUAUCGAGUGGAGAGUGAAGAAACUUAAUUGAAAGGAAGAAGCCUUCAAUUAAUAUGUUAUUUAUGGAUAAUUUAUGAUUUAUUUCAAUUUUCUUGAGUUUUCUAGAUUGCGUUGAACAAUUUGUAUAGUUAAUUUGUGAUUUGCUUGAAUUUUCUAGAACAGUGUUUUAAAUAUGGAUAAUUUGUAUUGAGAGAUUGAUAUUUGACUUUAAUUUUGAUAGGAACAUGUUAUUGUAAAUUUUUUACGACAAAAACCCGUGGGUACCCAUGAACCCGCGGAUACCCAGCGGGUUGGGUUGGAUUUGAGUUUUUCAAACCCAGUGGGUUUUACCCCGGGUCGUUUUCACGGAUAAACCCAUGGGUUUGGGUUUGGAUUUGGCAAAAUCCGACCCAACCCGACCCAUUGCCAUCCCUACCCGAGAGGUAAAAAAAAAUAAAAAAGGUAAAAAUGGGUAGGGGGUGUACGUGGCGGUUAAUAAACACUAGAAGUCAAAUCGUCCUCCCCUGCCCCAAUCGUCCUUUCUACCACACUCUCUCUCUCUUCCUCUUGCUUCCUAUUUAUCCCCUCUUCCCCUCACCUCCUCUCCCUUCCAAAAUAAUCAAAAAAGAAAUAUACAAUUCCUCUUCUCCUUCCUCUUCUUCCUCUUGCUUUUCUUCAGUCUCUUCCAUAUAGCUUUACACAAUUAUAAUAAUCCAACAAUACGAUGUUGUGAGAUUGUGUGAGUGAGAGAGAGAUAUGGUGGGAUUGAGUAUAGUUUUGGAAUCACAGAGAGCUCAGCUGGUGAUCAACAAAUCCUCCAUGAUCGCCAACAACAAGCAUUCUUCUUCUUCUUCUUCUCCUCCGCCGCCUCCCGCCGCCGCCGGAUUUCUGGAGGUCUGCUUCCUCUGCGGGCAGAGGCUCCUCCCGGGGAACGACAUCUACAUGUACAAGGGGGACAGAGCUUUUUGCAGCGUGGAGUGCCGGUACAGGCAUAUGUUCGUGGACGAGCAGGAAACUACCACCAGUGGAACUACUAGUACUCACAAGAAGAAGCAGCUCUGCGCUUUCUCCGCCGCCGAUUCGGCGGCGGCGGGAGGUGGUUCUUCUUCGGCGGCGGCGGCGGCGGGGGUUUCGGCUCGGCACCACCGGAAGAGUGGGAGAGGCGGUGGCGGUUUUGCUUACUGAGAUGAAGGGAUUGGUGUUUCCUCUUUUGGUAUUUUUUAUUUAUAUAUUUCUUUUGGGGGGUUUGAUAGAGGGAGGGUUUUGGGGGUGAAUUCCCAGUUUUACCCUCCCCUGUUUUGGUUCUACGAUGUAAUGACGUGGACGUGUUACCUGUCGUCUUUUUGCCACCUGGUAUGAGGACAAAAAUUUGGGGGAAGCAAAUGGACCGCUCUGUGGGAGAAAAAAAAAAGGAGGGAAAUUAAUUAUUAAAAUUUUUAUAUUUAAUUUUCGUGGCUUGCUGUACCAUUCUUUGUUUCCUUUCCCGCCCCAGCCCAUGGGUUUGCUUACCCAUUGGCGGCCUAGAUUCAUAUAAUGAAAAAUUAAUUAAUAAAUUAGUUAAAACCUCGACAUUGUUCCCACAAAAAAACAAAAACAAAAACCUCGACCUAGAGAAACGCAGUCGUGGGUAAGUUGGCAAAUUAAUUAAAUUUUUCUUCAUUACGAGUGAAGCUUAAUCAAUAGUUUUCACUUUUUCAGUUUGGGUUUCCGUGGAAUACUUAAAACUAUUCCUAGUUUGAGAUUGAAUUGUGUUGAUGUUAUCAAAACAGUUCGGAGGUAUAAUUUUGAUUAUCGAGCCGUGUGUUUUUUUAUGAGCAUAUAACACGAUAGAGAUUAUGAUUUAUGAGCAUACAUAUUAUACAGACUAUUCAUAUGUUAGUCAGAUUGCAUCGUUAACACAAAGAGCAAUUCUAUUAUUGUCGACAGCUAUAUAAUGUUUUUAUAUUAGUCUCGCAAUUCUAGUUUUCUUCUCUGUAUCUCAUGAAUAUCCAAUCUAAUGUACGAGUCGUCAUAUAUCUCCAACAAUUACGAGGAUCACCAUCUUUGGUAACAAAAAAAAAAAAAGUAGUAGAUGUCGGUGCGAAAACGUUUUGAAUCUUGAAGUGAAAAUAGCGGUGAUUGUAGGAUUUUCAAAUUGAACCCUCGAAAUUCGAUCUUUGUUUGAAGAAACCGAUAGAUCAAUAACUGAGUAAGAACAACAACAAUACAAAUCAAUGUGGUGGUUGAUUACUAAUCCUAAUCGUACUCGUGGUUUUGAUCUUGGAAAUGGGUGGGUUUUCCGUACGUUGGAGAGUUAUCACUUUCUCGGGAAACAAACAGUGGGCCUGGCCGCUGGGCUUUUUACAAUUUACAUAAUACAGAGAGAAAGAGCUUUGCUUGUUUGUUGCUUGUUGUGGCAGCUGGGCGGUGGUACUAGUACGAUCUUUUCUCUUCUGGUUGUAAUCGCGACAAAAAAAAAACCCAAUUGGCAAAAAUGUUGGAUUCCAUUUUUUUCUUCUUCUUCUUCUUCUGUAUUGUUACAUGAUUGCAACGUUUAUGCGCAUUUUAGCAUCGGGGAGGGAGAAUAAUGCCCUAAGACAAUAAUACAAGGGAGCACUGAGAUACGGGAGCAUAGCAUAAAAUAUAUAUUAUGUAUUAGGGAAUAGUUAGGUCGACUAUCCAUCGGCAAGAGAAUUUGGUACCUUUUGGAACAAUUCGAUGUUCUCGUAGUUGCAAGACGCGACGAUACCAAUUGAUGCAUUAACGUUUCUAAUUCGUAAAGACAGGACGAGAGAUUGAUGAAUGAUGAGAUCGCGGUAGGGGCAUGUCGCCAUCAAUUAUAGAUAAAUGCAUAUGGCGAGGUGGCGCGUGGUAAUAAUAAAAACCCUAGCCAGCUCCAAAGCUUGAGGAUAUGGAAGUGAAAUGCAGUGGAGAGUUUCUAGUUGGAAUUGGUUGGGAUAGGUCUUACUCAUUAAUGAGGUAAGGUGGAUCAAUUAUAGUACACUCUUAAAGCGUGGUGCCAAUUUUUUUUUUUAAGGCAUUUUAGGAUAACUGCCCCUCGUGUAAGGCUUUGUCGUAUUAGAUAUAAAGUAUAUUACAAUUCGGUCACUUUUCUUUGUAAGUCUAUCUGGUUAUAUCCAUCGUUAACUUUCGUACUCUGCAAGAAUACCGAAUCAUUCUCUUGAAGCUGAUCAUCCUCUUCAUCAUAAAUGAUCCGCUUGUCCCGAAAUGACCCGACCCAACAGAGAAAUCCUAGUUCAUUGGGACCUUCGAUACAAUCAAAUAGAUAAACAUCAUAAACACGCUUUAGAUAUUACCAAUCGAAGAUAGAAUUGACAUCUCCCUUUUGUAUAGUAAACCUUCAUUUCAUCGUAGUAACUUGAUAUGUAUGCUACGAAAUCAAGAUUCAACGGAAGUUUGACGUGUCUUAUUACUAAUAUCUCAAAAAAAGGUCAAUAUAGAGAACAGAAACAAACUUCUAUAAUAUUAAUACCUCUAACAAGAACAAGGCAAAUAUCCUAAAUUCUAGGAGUCUAAUAGAGAGUUCAACUCUGACAAAUAAUAUACUCGACCUCCAAUAACGUAUACCAAACUUGAGCCUCAUUACUAAACUCACAAACCGUAAAAAGUUAAACCUAAUACCAUGUCACAAACUAGUUCGUCAUAAACCAUCUUAACCGUAAAUGUGUAAAACUAAAUCUAAAGGUGAUAUGAUUCCCUAGCUAGCUAUAUACAGUAAUACCGCCAGCAGGAUCGACCAUCGAUUUGCUUCCCUUACUCUCCCCUUGCAGAAACCCAUGAGAAAAAUAGUGCCUGUCGCCAUUGUUGGCAGGAGAUUUGUUUCUUUGCAGGAAAUGGAAAUCCUGCUGUGAAAUCAGUAAUGGUAUAAUGGGAAGAGCUGUAAAACGGUAAAGUGUAAAAAGAUCGAUCGAGUAGGCAGUCUAUAGAAUAGGAAGAAGACUAGUAGUAGUACUGCUGCUGCUGCUGCUUUUACUUACUGCUGCCCAUGGUUUCAGGAAGCAGAAGAUCGAUCCAACCAAAACAGCACCAGCUAAGCUAUCUAGGUAAAGCUAUAGAUCGGGUGCAUUCAAUUCGAUAUUUUUUUGGGGGUUUGAAUAAGGGAGACAGCCAUGUUUCUACCCGACCUACCAAACCCUAAACCAAGCCAAGUUCAUAGUACAGUUGCUUUGAAUGAAAUGCUGAACAGGUUGGUGGGUAGGGUUUAUACCAGCCUUGAAGAGUUGAAGUCUUUGUUUGGUGUCAAUUUUCAUGGAUUUGUGUGGUCAAACAAUUUUAUGUAUAGUUUUGGUUCCUAGUUAUAUCGGGUUUAAUUAGUUGCACUUGGGGGGUGUGUGAAAGAGUGAAAACUUAGUUGGUAUCCAAGAACUCGCGAGUUGUUGAAAGGAGACGGUUGGAGAACAGGUUUUUUGAUUGUUCGCUCAUGAGUUUUCGUUAAUUGAACGCCCAUUCAUGAGCUCUGGCGCAUUCGAGAUUUUUUUCAAAGGAGUUUCAUUAAAAAAGAUCACAAGUGCAGCCUCGUGUAUAUAAAUUGUGGACUUAUUCUGAAAGUACAUGAAUCGCCCGAACUAUCAAGAUUUUACUGUUAAGGUAUUCUAUCAAAUAACCAUUAAAGAUUUCGAUACACAUUAUGCAAAAAAAGGCUAGUCAAUCAUUUCAUUCCAUAAAAUGUUGUCAAUUAAUAUAAAUUACAUUGAUGUGAACUAUUUUUCUCUUUCAACUAUCAUUAUCAUAACAAGUUUAAUGGUAUCCUCUAAUAAUUUGUACCGCUUAUCAAUCUUGAUAAACUAGAAUAUACUGAUGUAAAUUUUGGGUUUAAAUGUCAUUAUUAACAUACUAAUAAUUUGUAUUUGUUUUCCUCCAAAUUUAAGAGGGAGCCAUGAAACCCCUCUUAAGGUUUUAGCUCCUUCCCUGUUCAUGAGUAGUUUGAGGCUUGAAUGCCUCAAUCGCGCCUUCUGAUGGGUAAAAAUAUUGUUAAUAUUGAGCGUCGUCAAAACUCAAACCAAUGGUCUUAUACCAAUGUCGAUGACCAUUUUGUUUUCGUAUAAAACUAUGAACAACAAAAGAAACCCUCCAUACUCUAACUUUGCUAAUAAUUUUCCUUUAAUUAAGCCAAUCAAGAAUAUUUAAGUUCCGAAUAAGUUGAACGUACAUUUUCACCACUUAGUUAUGCCUGGAAUCAAAUCCGAACCAUAGAAUUAUAUCGAGAACAUGCAUCAACGAUUGACUUUCAAGAUAUGCUGCUAUCUUAUUCAUGCCAUCAAAUGAAGAAAUCAAUCAGGCGUCAUUCUAAACGUUAGACGCAUUAAUUAAUUUACAGUUUAUCAACCAGUAGUUUAUCAACCCUGAUCGAUAAAAGAGAACUACCGGUGCACGCCCAUUUCCUUUUGAAAUGGGCAAAUAACUCUGAAACACUCAACGAAGGAAUUAACCCUCCUCGAAUAGUAUUAGCUAGCUCUUCCUCAAAAUGAUACCACCACAGUAUAAGCUUUUGUUGCAUGUAACAAGCACAUUGCUUCUUUUGCACAAAAUUUUGGAGGAGGCAUAUGAAACAAGUGAGAAUUGAAAAGAGGGGAAAGACAGUUUUGAGGAGGAGCAUGGCAUGUGUGGCAGAAUCUUGGCAGUUGGCACUAUCCAAAAUUGUGCACCAUUAUUACUAUAUGUAUUUUUAUGUAUAAUAAUACACUAUAAUUUCUUUCUUCUCCUUUUUUCCAUCACACCCACCACCACAAUUGAUCCAUAGGGGUAACAAAAUAUUGGCUAGUACAGAUUUGGGAAUAUAUUGCCUGGUUUUUCUUCGGCCAAACCCUCCUCUUUUUCUUUCCUCUUUUCUUUAAAAAAAUAGCUUGUUUGCUUGUCGUGGAGUGGAGCUUACUACCCUACAAAAUUCUCCUGUCGGGGAAACGCGACAAUUCUUCUUUCCUCCGUGAGGUUGCUUUGGUUCUCUAUGUAUGUUAUUAGGGUUGCUAAGCUUUUAAGCAUUGUUUAGUAAAUUUAUUCAAAGGUAAGUAAAGACCAAAGAGAACACAAUUAUGCUAUGGUCUACUCAGAGUUCAAUACUCCAAUAAGUAUUUAGGUAUACCUAUUGAUGCUUUCUUAACAUAGCAUAAUUUUUUUCGCGCGGAUGAAAUCCUUAAAAGAUUUGUUCCAUAAAGCAAAUUUGUCGAUUCUAUCCGAAAAUCCUAGUCCAGCAUCUUCAUGGCUUGCAAGAUUAAAAAACAAGUGGAAUCGAACUUGGAAUAUACAACAUAUCAACGACUAUGUUUUUUCCAUUUACGUGUGUGUCAGAUAUACAUGUAUGGGCUAGGGAUAGGUUAGGGAUUUAUCAAGUGGUUAGUGAUUAGGAUUUAGCAUGUAGCUUAUAUAAUGUAAUUUCGUCAUUCAGUUACGUAUUAAUCAAAGGAUAGGUCAACAUAUCUCUCAUCUCUAAUUUCCUCUCUUCUCCCUAAUCAGCCGCAGGCCACUUCUUGCUUUCUUUCCAAGCUCUUCGUCCAAUUCUCUUCAUAUACUAUCACAUUAAUCUGAGGUUCCAAGACACAUGACAUUCAUCUAAACAACUCACCUCCCAAAACGCCAUUUCUGGUAGAAGCCAAUGGCUUCUUAAUUCGCAGGUUAGAUCUGUUUGUUUUGUUUUCCUGAAUGGCGAGAAUCGGAUUCAGACAAAAGGGAACUGUUGUUUUCAUCUGGUUAGGUAUUAUUUACUAUACUACUACUAACUAAUGAUGCAUAAUGCCAAGAAGGUAAACCAUAGCAAUAAUACUACAGAAAGUACUCUCCUUUCUCUUCAAAGUUCAGAGCCCACCGACAGACAGCUAGUCAGUGACGUGGGAACCGCCAUUGAAGGGGAAUCCAAGGUCCUCACCAGCAAUCAGUUGGCAUUGAAGGCCAAAUCAGUUGAAGCUCAAAACAAAACACAGGUCAUAGAAUAAGACACGGCACCAUACGGAAGAAAGGAAGGAAGAAACAAACAAACAGCCUCACUGAAUUCCAACGAGUAAACUCCCAGCCAUUUUUACAGAGGUUGAAAAGACAGACUUGCAAAGAUUGAUAACCUUUCAUAUUCCAGUAUCUGAACUAUGUCCAUCUGUUAAAAUUUUCACUGAAUCUAUUACUAGGAUUCACGUCCUAGUUGACUCGAAACUAUAGACCGGAUAUACUUAUUUUGCUCAUCGAUUCCAAUGUCAUCCACGUCUCAUUCGACUCUAAUCUAUCAAGACCGUAACGAGAAGUAAAAGAUUUUCUAACAUACAUGACAUGUGAGCACGAGUCUAGAGCACUGGGUAAAUACAGACCAAGGCGGUAACAACGAGACUAAGAUGGAUAAAAAAAGAACUUGUUCAAGAAAAACGAAGCAAGUUCAAGAAAAACGAAGGACUAAA